AUGACUGACUCUAAGUAUUUCACAACAACAAAGAAAGGUAAGCCUCCAUCUUCUUUAUGAUUUUAUAUUAUUUUAGGUGAGAUUUUCGAGCUCAAGAAUGAACUUAAUUCCGAGAAGAAGGAGAAGAAAAGAGAGGCGGUAAAGAAGGUUAUAGCUAGUAUGACGGUUGGAAAAGAUGUCAGGUAAGUUGUAGGUCGCUUUUAAUUGAUUUUUCUCGAUUUAGUGCCCUUUUUGCCGACGUCGUCAACUGUAUGCAAACGGACAACGUUGAGCUGAAGAAAUUGGUGUAUUUGUAUCUCAUGAACUACGCCAAAAGUCAGCCUGAUCUAGCCAUCAUGGCUGUGAACACGUUUGUCAAGGUGAGGAUAUUUAAUUUUUUCAAGAUUGGGUAUUUUUAGAUCAAAUUAUAUUAAACAUGAGCUUGUAGGACUGCGAAGAUCCGAAUCCGUUAAUCCGAGCUUUGGCGGUCCGCACAAUGGGUUGUAUUCGUGUGGAUAAGAUCACUGAGUACCUCUGUGAGCCCCUGAGAAAAUGCAUGAAGGAUGAGGACCCGUAUGUCCGGAAGACUGCAGCUGUUUGCGUUGCCAAACUUCACGAUAUUAACCCUCAACUUGUGGAAGAACAAGGCUUUGUGGAGCUGCUCACCGAGUUAUUGAGUGAUGCCAAUCCAAUGGUUGUUGCCAAUGCGGUUGCUGCGAUUACUGAGAUCAACGAAACUCAGCCUUUAAUCGAGAUCAACGGCAGUACCGUUAAUAAGCUUCUCACUGCUCUAAAUGAAUGUACCGAAUGGGGGCAGGUGUUCAUUUUGGACGCUCUUGCCAAUUACCAGCCCAAGGAUGAACGGGAGGCCCAAAAGUGAGUGUUUUUUUAAUGUUUUUCAUGAAUUUUAGGUAUUACUUGACAUGUUAUCCAUGAUUUCGAAAAUAUAAAACUUUUUUAGUAUCUGCGAGCGUAUCACUCCCCGUCUUGCUCAUGCCAAUGCUGCUGUGGUCCUUUCGACUGUCAAGGUUCUCAUGAAAUUGAUGCAAUUGCUUCCGGAAAACGGUGAUUUCAUCCAGCAGUUGAACAAGAAGUUGGCUCCGCCAAUGGUGACAUUAUUGUCGGCCGAGCCGGAAAUUCAGUAUGUAGCGUUGAGGAAUAUCAACCUUAUUGUUCAAAAGAGGUAAGCGCUUUUGUUUUUUUGUUUUCGAAUUUUAGGGUUAUUGGAUGCCUAGUGCAAUAUAAAUUUUGACAAAAAAUUAAAAUUUCUUCCCGUUUUUUAGACCUGAUAUCCUCAAGCAGGAGAUGAAGGUGUUCUUCGUCAAAUACAACGACCCAAUCUACGUGAAAAUGGAGAAAUUGGACAUUAUGAUCCGUUUGGCGCAGGCCAACAACAUCUCCCAAGUCCUCUCCGAACUCAAAGAAUACGCCGCCGAAGUGGAUGUGGACUUUGUCCGCAAGGCCGUCCGAGCCAUUGGGCGCUGCGCUAUCAAAAUCGAGCAGUCCGCGGAACGUUGUGUCACCACCUUGCUCGAAUUGAUCCAGACCAAAGUCAAUUAUGUUGUUCAAGAAGCGGUGGUGGUCAUCAAAGACAUCUUUAGGAAGUACCCGAACAAGUAUGAAGGCAUUAUCUCGACUCUGUGUGAGAAUUUGGACACUCUGGAUGAACCCGAGGCCCGAGCUUCGAUGAUUUGGAUUAUUGGGGAGUAUGCGGAAAGAAUUGAUAACGCUGAUGAGUUGUUGGAGUCGUUUGUCGAGGGCUUCCAUGAUGAGAAUACUCAGGUAAGGGGUUAUGAAAAAAUGAGCAGUGAGGUUAGUGUAAAGUUUUGCACGGUGCAAAAAGUUCAGUUUAGUGCACUGUGCAAACCAGAUUUUAGCCUAUUUUUAGCGUUGCACAGUGCAAAAAUUAAAAUUUUUUGCACAGUGCAUGGAGGAUAAAAAAAAAUUUUUUUUUGAGCUUAUCCAAAAAAUAAAUGCUUCAUGUGAUAAGAAACAUUAGUAUGUUUUGAAGUAUUUCUUCCCUACAAAGAAGAAAAUUAAUUUUUUAUUUCACAUUUUUUUUCAAAAACUUUGUUUUCAGGUCCAACUUCAACUCCUCACGGCUGUCGUGAAGCUCUUCCUGAAGCGCCCAUCCGACACUCAACAGCUCGUCCAAAGGGUUCUUCAACUGGCCACCCAAGAAAGUGAUAACCCCGAUCUCCGUGACAGAGGCUACAUCUAUUGGAGAUUGCUGUCCGCCGACCCGCAAGCUGCCAAAGAAGUUGUUCUGGCCGAGAAACCGUUGAUUUCGGAGGAAACUGAUCUCUUGGAACCAUCUCUGUUGAACAAAUUGGUUUGCCAUAUUGGAAGUUUGGCCUCGGUUUAUCAUAAACCGCCAAGCUCUUUCAUUGACCCCUCAAAACAUGCGUUGGGAUUGGCUAAUAGCUCGAGCAAGUAAGUGGUUUCGAGAAUUUGAAAGAAUUUGAUUUUCGAUUUUUUUUCAUGUUUUUGAUCUUGAAAUUUUGGCUUCAAUUUCAUGAAUGUUUAGCUUAUUGAUUCGUCUAAUUUUUAGCGAUGACACCGCCUCCGGUGCGAACAUCUCUGCCGGCUCCAACGGCGCUGUAAUCCCCCCUCAGCCCACCGUCAUCCCCGCCCAAGCCUCGAUCGUCGCCGACCUCCUUCAACUCGACUUUGGCGGCCCUACUCCCACCCCACCCGCUCCACAACAACAGGCCCCGGUGGAUCUGCUCUUUGGAGAUGUCCCAACACCCGCCGCCCCAGUCUCCACCGGUCUGGCCGGCUUGGACGACCUUGGGUUGGCCUUGGGAUCGGUCAGCACUGCCCCAUCUGUGCCACCAGUAAGCACCACGACCCCAACAUCAACCGGAGCUGACCUGUUUGGGUUGACUUUGAGUGGUGGGAUCGGGACAGUUGGAAGCUAUGUUCCACCUAAAUGGGUAGGUUGAUGUCAAGUGUAAUAUAAUUUUUGCUCGGAUUGGACCGAAAAAUGAAUUUUGAAUAAGGUUUCAGAUGAGAUAAGAGUAUUUAGAGACUUUUUUUGUUUUUAAAAUUAACUUUGAUAUAAAAAUAAAAAUUUUGCGGAUUUGACACAUUUUUGUAAAUUUUUUAACCGAGUUCCGAAUUUUAGCAAUGGUUGGACGCCACGAAAGGAAAAGGCCUUCAAAUCGACGGCACGUUCGCCAGAAGAAACGGGAUUAUCCAAAUGGAAAUGACCUUCACCAACAAGGCCAUGCAGCCUCUUUCGGACUUUGCCAUCCAAUUCAACACCAACUCCUUUGGUCUAACCCCAACUUCUACAAUCCAGUUGAGAGUCUUGGCCCCAAAUGAGUCCUCGGAAGUUAUUGUUACUUGUGGAACUGGAGGAGGAGUCGCGAAAAUGGAACCAUUGACCAACUUGCAGGUGAGAAAUGAGAAUUUUUUGAAUGGGCAAGGAGUUAUGGGAAAGUUUGAGGAAUUUAUUGGGGAUUAG